CACUGGAGAUUAGUUGCAAACAACAGCGCAUAUACUCUCGCAGCCUCCUCUUCCUCUUCUUCGUCCUGCGCCUGCUCUGCGAAAGACACGCGUGUCAUAAGAAUCAGCAAAGGGGAGGACGAGACCAGAAAAUGGAGUCUACCAUCGUUUCAAGUCCUCUUAGCCAAAAUUACCUUCUAUGCCCUUCUCGCAACUCUUCUUCUCUCCUUCCUCUUUCUUCCUCCUCUCACCGCUCACUUCAUUUCUCUCCUUCUCCUUCCUCUCUCUCUCUUAAGCUGCAAAAGGGGAAUCUUUUUUCUAAUGCCCUUCGAGCUGUCUCGCCUUUCAGUCCUGACGCUAUAGUUUCUGAUACUUACAGAAGUGAAACAACUGAAUUAGCUGACAUAGACUGGGACAACCUUGGGUUUGCAUAUGUUCCCACUGAUUAUAUGUAUAUCAUGAAAUGUGCUAGAGGUGGAAGCUUUUCUAAAGGUGAAUUACAACGAUUUGGGAAUAUUGAGUUGAGUCCCUCAGCAGGAGUCUUAAACUAUGGGCAGGGAUUAUUUGAAGGCUUGAAAGCAUUCAGGAAAGAAGAUGGUAAUAUUCUUCUGUUUCGUCCUCAAGAAAAUGCACUGAGGUUGAAUAUAGGUGCAGAAAGGAUGUGCAUGCCAUCACCUACUGUUGCACAGUUUGUGGAAGCAGUGAAAGCAACUGUUUUAGCAAACAAACGUUGGGUUCCCCCUCCAGGUAAAGGUUCCUUGUAUAUCAGGCCAUUGUUGAUGGGAAGUGGGGCUGUUCUUGGUCUUGCACCUGCUCCUGAGUACACCUUUUUAAUUUAUGUUUCACCCGUUGGAAACUAUUUUAAGGAAGGUGUGACCCCGAUUAAUUUGGUUGUUGAGCAUGAAUUGCAUCGGGCAACUCCUGGUGGUACUGGAGGUGUUAAGACUAUAGGGAACUAUGCUGCAGUUCUCAAGGCUCAAUCUGCUGCAAAAGCCAAAGGAUAUUCUGAUGUUCUAUAUCUAGAUUGUGUUCAUAAAAAAUAUCUGGAGGAGGUUUCGUCUUGCAAUAUUUUUGUUGUGAAGGAUAACGUUAUUUCCACUCCUGCAAUAAAAGGGACAAUCCUACCUGGCAUUACAAGGAAGAGUAUAAUUGAUGUUGCUCGAAGCCAAGGAUUCCAGGUUGAAGAACGACUUGUGGCAGUGGAUGAAUUGCUGGAAGCUGAUGAAGUUUUUUGUACGGGGACAGCUGUGGUUGUGUCACCUGUGGGCAGCAUCACUUACAAGGGUAGAAGGGUGUCUUAUGGAGAAGGUGGCUUUGGUGCUGUCUCGCAACAGUUGUAUACUGUGCUUACUAGACUACAGAUGGGCCUUAUAGAGGACAAGAUGAACUGGACUGCUGAGCUGAAUUAGGCAUAGUGAGUGAGGCAACCAAUUCUAUUAUUUUUUUUUUUAUUGCAAUUUGAUCUGUGUAGAGGUUGCACGAACUCUAUCCAUCUUGUGGCAGAUGAAAGCUGCGCACUUGGUUUGCUAUUUUCAGUGAUAUGUAGAUAGUAUUCUCAGACACGUGUUUAAUUUAUUCAUCUUGUUCUGAACUGUUGUGUUCAAUGACUACUAAAAAAAAGGUGAAAAAUUAACGUUAAAAUUUCAUUCA